GUCGUUUCAACCCAUAUCAUCCCUGUUCGGCAGUCACAGAGCUAAACCCUUAAAAAUUUUAUUUUAGCCUCUAGCUAUCGCUGUUGUUCGACCGUCAAUAUCUGCAAUGCCCCUGGUAAAGAAACCCCCCUCUUCUGUUCCUCCUUUCGAUAAGACGAUACCAUGGAAGACCAAAGUGGAGAUAACGAGGAUGUGGAAGGAAGGAGUGCCGAAAAGACUAGGAGACUCUAUCGAGAUGGUUUUACUCGAAUCAUCGGGGACAAGAAUUCGCACAACAAUUGAUGAACCUUUCUCUAAAUGGAGUUCGGAUAUUAGUGAGGGAAAGAUCAGUGAUGAAGCCGUUGAUAUUGAUAUCCGUAAAGAUGUGGUGACAAUUGACUGCCCUGAUCCUAUCAGGGCAAUAGUGAAGGAAGUUUAUGGAGACUCUUUUGCUACAGAGUCCUCCGAUGAGCAUAAUUUAUUUUGCAACAAGGUCAUUUUGUGUCGUACUGAUGAAGAUGUCGAUCAGAUUAAUGACUACAUGCUCUCACUAUUACCAGGUAAAGAGAAAUUAUGUUUCAGUGAUGACUGUGCUGUUACCUUCGAUGUCCAUUGUCCAGACCCACGUGAUCACUUGUUAUUACCUCGAACAAUGUUUGGGUACUGCAAGGUCCCUGGAGUGCCUGACCAGACUCUGAGACUUAAGGUUAAUGCUCCCGUCGUGUUACUUGCGGACGUUGAUCCUAGCAUUGGGUUAUGUAAGGGGGCAAGACUUCGAAUUACCACGUUCGGUGAUUCUAUGCUUAUGGCUAGAUUUGCAACACCUAAUACUUAUGCCGGGCAUUUUGUGAUCCCUAAGACACAUAUGUUCCCUGAGAAAAGUUUUCCUGCCGCAAUGCGCCGUACCCAGUAUCCUUUCAAACUCGCAUUCGCCAUGACCAUAGAUGAUAGUCGGGGCCUAACCUUUUCCAAGGUUGGCCUAUAUCCAAAGGUAUCUCGCCAUAUCCAAAGUGAAGGCCAGAACUGGUCUUAAUGUUCGUAUCACAGAUAUAGGUGAGACUCCCCAGGAAGAUGCGGAUAAUCUUGUCUUCAAGAAGUUGUUUCGGGACGUUUAGUGAACCAUGUCUUGUUUCAUGCUAUAUAAAUGUUUCCCUCUUUAUGGUUUGCCUUCCUUUGUUCUUCGUUUUAUCUUCUUUCUUUUUCUUUUCUUCCCCUUGUGCUUCUGCAGCAUAACUAAAGACUUUUGUUUUAUGUGAUGUAUAGCAUAACAACAUAAACACUAACACAAAUAUUCAUAUGUUUGUCUUUUCUUCUCGA